AAUUUCCCAGAACCACGAGGCAAGAACCUCUCUCUCUCCCUCUCUCUCUCUCACUGUUAUUCUGCAACACCCGCCAUUGACAAGAAAAAAAAACCCUAACCUGCUUGCUUGUGGAUUUGAAUUCAGAAAGGCAGCAUCUGACUGGGUUUUACAGGUUAUAUGGAAGAUUACACCCUCGUCGCGAGAAAGUCCUGCUUCGGCUUGCCCACUGCAUGCCCCUCAUGCUUGACAGUCUACUUUUACCUCAAAUUUGCCAAAGUUCCCUUCCGCUUAGAUUUCAAUCUUACCUACCCCGACUCUGACAAAAUCCCUUACAUUGAAUCUGGCGAGUAUGUGAUCUAUAAUAACGAGAAGGGUGGCAUUAUCGAAAGACUAAAAGAAGAUCGCAUUGCUGAUUUGGACACUGAAUUUCACACAAUCCCAGAAUGGAUAUCUACAAAGGCAAUGAUCAGCUCCUGGAUUUCUGAUGCCCUUACGUAUGAACUCUGGGUGGGAACUGAUGGUUGUUCUGCCAAAGAGAUAUAUUAUUCUGAUCUCCCAUGGCCAAUUGGAAAGAUUCUAUUCUAUAAGAAAUUUUACACUGUAAAGCAGCAACUUGGGAUUACUAAUGACAGCGCUGAGAAAGUAGAAGAACAUAUAUACAGGAGAGCCAGCCUUGCUUUUGGAGCUCUGUCACGUCGGUUGGAGGAAAAAAAGUUUUUAUUUGAAGACAGGCCAUCAAGUUUGGACGCAGUCUUUCUUGGGCAGGCACUUAUCACUCUUCAAGCAUUGCCAGAAACAUCGGUACUGCAGAGCAAGCUUUUAGAACAUGAAAACCUUGUUAAGUAUGCUGAUAGGCUUAAGGUGGAGUUCGUGGACUCAGGUUCACCAUCUUCGGUUCCAAACUUUCAUAGAAACUCUUCAUCAGCAGCUCCUAGAAGAGGUCCUUCAAACUCGAGUUCUAAGCCCAAGAGUAAACCCAAAAGGGAAGAGACAAAGGAGGAGAAAAGUUUUAAGAGAAGGGCCAGAUAUUUUUUAACAGCACAGCUGGUUUCGGUUGUACUUUUCGUCACUCUCCUAAGUCGAGUUGAUGAGGCUGACGUCGAGGUUGAUGAUGAUGGGUAUGAAUAGUUGUGUUCUUCGCACCAGCAUUUUUUACAUGAAAACCAGCUAGGAUUAGCAGCCUGACGACAGAGAGAGAAUUUCUGUAAUCCCGUUCUUUCAAUUUUGUAGUAUGACGUUGAAAUUUUGGGAAAAUAAGCUCGUGUAUAAAUACAUGAUAUGAUUUGCUGGAAAGUUGAAGUUAUAAACCUAGAAUUGGAGGUAUUCUUCACCUGCAGGAUUCCAAUGUUCGACUUUUGAAGCAGUGCUGACAAUUUGUAAAUUUCAUUGGAUAUGAAUUGGUGAGAAGGGUUUAACUGUGAUGCAAUUUCAUACUUUUAUGUUUUUUGCC